UACACCACACACAGCAGGGUGGUACCAAUCUUCGACAGCCUCCUCCGUAGAUCGCGGCGAAAAACCAACCGCCGUGUGCCGUGUGCCCGCCCCCGGAGGCAGUUCCUCACCACUUACAGCACUUCUCACCCACGCACCACACGGUUAUCAUGCUGGAGAAGGGCAAACAAUACAAAGACGCGAAAGCCUUGAAGGUACAUGUGGCGGCCCUGUUCGCGGGAGCUGGCCGUAGCUUUCAUUCCGGUAACGGAGGCGGCAGACAAAAGAAGCAUAUCUGCAAUGGCGCCAAAGGAAGAUGUCUGGCUGAAGUGCGCGCCUGCAAGCAGAGGUCGGGAGAGUUCAAGGUGACGUUCAUCAUCCCGGACCACAAUGACUGCUCUGGCGGCAAGGUCGGAGCGAGAUCGGCUGCGCUCGAGGGUUUCGCCAGUGCUGCCAUGGUCAGCAACCCGACCGUGAAGGGCACGGACCUGAAAAGGAGCCUAGAGCAGCAGACCGGGCUCAAAGUCAGCUACAGCGCGGCGUCACGCCUGAAGGUCGCGGCUACAAGGGCGUCGAAGGAGCAACUGGAGCACGGGUACCGCAUCAUGACCUCUUACUGCAAGGAACUGGUGAAGGACUGCCCGGGAUCGAUUGCGGUGGUGCAGAGGGAGACUACCGGCAGGUUCCGUAGUCUUUUCUUCAUGCUCGGGCGUGCUGCGUACGCUGCGGUGCGAAGCCCGAUCAAGGUCGUGGGAAUGGAUGGGGCACACCUCAAGGGAAAGUGGAACGGUCAGAUGCUGACGUUGACGUGCAAGGACGCCAACAACGAGAACAUCCACGUCGCGACGGCGAUCGGACCGGUCGAGAACACCGACCUCUACAAAACUUUGAUCAGAGGUUGCAAGAAGAACCCGAAAAUGAGGGACUUUCUGGAAGACUCCAAGACAACCUUCUACACCGACCAGCACAAGGGGGGGAAAUGUGCGUUGGAGGGCGAGGCUCCGCUGGCGCAGCACCGGAACUGCUGUUGAUGCACUCGCCGAUGCGCUGCGACUCCCUUGGGUGCAAUGUCAACACAUGGGUAUUCUUCGCCUCCAGAGCUCCCACGAAGAAACAGUGCGAGGACAUCCUGAAACACCACGUUCUACCGAGCAAGCCUGUGGCCUAUGCCCAGAUCAUGAACCUCUGGAAGAGGUCUGAGUGGGCUCACUCUGGUGCGCCCCCCGACACCGCCAUCCAAGACGUUGUCACGAACAACAUUUCGAAGCAAACCAACUCGUCGAUUGGUGUCGAGGUUAGGAAGCUACCGCCAUUCGAGAUGAUGAGGAGCAUACUCGCUGAUACCGCCAAGAAGUUCGCCCACCGUGCCACCCUCGGCAAUGGAGCAUGGACUCCCUAUGCUGCCGCGACGUUCGAAGACCAAAGGAAGAAGUCCGCCGGACUCAUCGCCUCCCCCACGGGCAACCAGUUCUACACGGUCGAGAACACCAAUCUCGCCACCCUCAACACCCGCGGCAACAGGGUCCUGCUGAGGUGGGGCGAGCCGGGGCAGAAGACAGAGUGGUCCUGCACAUGCGGGUUCCCCGCGAGGUUCCACAUCCCUUGCUGCGACGUCAUCGCCUUGGCUAGAUCGGAGGACAAGAUGGACGCUGUCAUGGCCCUGAUACAUCCGGCCUAUCGCCUACAAUACCACCGUCGGACCUACGGCGACGACGCGUACCAGGUCAUGCUGCCUGUGCCGUCCACGCUGGAGGAAGAUGACACGCUCCUACCUCCUUUCUGGGUGGCUGGUCAGGCUGGCGCUCCGAAAAAAAAUCCGGGCCGAAGAAGUACAAGAGGAUCCCUGGGCGCGGGGACAAGAACGCGUCGUCGUCGUUCAACAGGCGAGUUUCUGAACUCGGCCCGACUGCAUCCGGAAGCACGGCGGCCCCCUCUCUGUCGCAGGGGGGUGCCACGGCGGCUCCCUCUCUAGGAGUGCCACGGCGGCUCCCUCUUCGUCACAGGGGGGGCGUGCGGGCGGAUCGGUCAUUGUCGGGGGGAUGGUGAUCAACUUGGCACGCUGAGUGCCGGCCGCCGAAUGACGAUGUGUGUGUUGCCGUUUUUGUCCGUGUCACGUACUCCGCGAUGUUUUCUUUCUUUUCUUUUCGUGCCAACCCUGUCCAGUGAAGAAUCGGGGAUCGCGGGCCUUGACACUCGUCUACCCAACGACCAAAUGGGUGAUGACGAUAGUGAAUAAUGGUGGGCAGGGAGGUUUUAUUUCUUUUGCGCUUUCGUCUUUCUUUCGCUGUCGUGUUCCCUGCGGUAUGUUGGCUAAGUUUGGCAUGCAUGGCGUACGAAAAUGUGCUGACCCUUCCGCUUUGAUUGUGCAUCAUUGAUUUGGAUUGUGCAUCGUUGAUUUGGAGCACACACCCUCUGCUGAGUAGGAACGUCCGGGUACACGUUGCUGCUACGCAAGGGAAAUAAACGAGCGUGUCGUGUUGAUAUGUAGAUGCUGGAAGAGGCCCCUUAAUUUUGGUGUGGCAUUCGAGGUCCUUUUGGAGUCCUUUUGAGGGGGGGGUGAGGGGGGCGGGGCGGCCACCGCGUUCCUUUGAGAGAGACGCGUGUUCUCAAGACCAUUUCUUGUUUAUUUCCGACUUUUUUCUCUCUCUCUCUCAUGAUUCGCAUGUUUUUGGGAAAACCGACGCGCAAGUGUUGAAUCGAGACGAAGUAAUGACUGCUGUGUUGCCACAACGCCAAGUUCAUACGAUGUAUGACUGAAAACCUAGUCUGCUAAGGUCAUCCAUGCAUGAUGGGUCCUUUUCGGAGGAUUCCUGAGAGAGGAACACGUGAACGCAGCAUGCGUCAAACACCUUGUCUGUAUGGACUCUUUAUCGGUAUUAUGCAUAAUGGACGAAUUGUGGAUCCGUGCUCCCAUCUAGCUGCCUGGUAAUAUGACUAGACUACAACAAAAGCCCUUGCGGAGCAGCGCGUCACAGCGCAGAGAGGGUGUGUGUGGGUGUUUUUGUCUUGACAUUUUGUUGUGUGGUUGGGAAAAAGAGACAACACUGGGAACAAGUUGGUUCACCUCCACACCACCAGCAUUCUCAUGAGGAAGGAGGACCCGAUCGCCCUCGGUGGCCGUUGGUUAUUUUCCUACUACGUAUUUUGAUUCGUGGGCCCGGGCCCCUCUCCUACAGGGGGUCGAACUCGCUCGAUCCGCGAGUUAGCUCGCUGUGGUGCUCGUACAUUGGGUAAGGACAGAGAAACAAAACGGGCACGACCUGCCUCAUGCUUGCGAGGCACAGCAGCAGCGCAGCAGCAGCAGCGCAGCAGCAGCGCAGCAGCAGCAGCACAGCAGAGCACGGCGGUUGGUUUUUCGCCGCGAUCUACGGAGGAGGCUGUCGGAGAUUGGUACCACCCUGCUGUGUGUGGUGUAUGUGCGGUACAUGGUGUAUCGUGCGGGUAUGUGCGGUACACGGGUUGUUCUGCGGGUUUUAGAUCGUCGGGCGCCAGGAAAAUAUGACCAUUUCUGGGUACAAAAUUGACCACUUCCGGGUACAUCAGUAACCAAUAUCGGUACUCCAGAGCGUCCUAUUGCCAGAAACAGUUGUACCCGAUGGGGUUUUCUCCCAAAAUGGGUACAAUGGUUUUUCGGCCAAUCAGCUGACAGCCUGGGGGUGCAAACGUUUUGAUUUCUAAGUGUACCCGAAAGUGGUGAUAAAGUACCCGGGUAUACCCGUUUCUGGUUAUUGGUCUCAAUAGUACCAUCUGCGGUGCCGCAAUUCCGCUGGUUUUUCGUGGCACCCUGGGGAACACUCAAAACGCCAGAUGGGAUGGAGCUGUAAGGAGGACGGCUGCGAGCGGAAAGGCUCGUAUCGCUACAGAGUCACGCCAGCUCACGGUGGUGAUGUGGCUGAGCUCGCCGCUAGUGCUGUCACCGAGGCCAUCUGCAAUGCUUCACAAUGCUUGCGCCGAGCUGACACCAACAUCAACCGGUGAACCUGCCGCCGCCGAUGCUGAAACCGUCACGGGCGAUGCUCGCAACGGUGGCGUGUCCAGCGGCGCGCUGGGGCGAGAGCACCAGCAAGAUGAGGCGGCACAAAGGCAGAGAAAGUAUAUGAUGAGGACCCCGCCUUUCAGGAAAGUCUCGGGCCUGCCGUCUAAUAAUACGGACUUUGACCGCCUUUUUGUUGAGGCUCGCGAAAAACCGGUGCGGUCUGUAGUGGGACGGCCCGGGUGGAAGCGGUGGUAGCAGAUGGAGCGUAAUGCGGUGGCUGGAAUAGCUUGCGGCUAUCAGAGGCGUCCCGGACGCGGGAGGGGCGGGU